AAAAUCUUAUAACUGUUGCAUCGGUUUUGGUGUGUGUUUGGACUUGGAUGCAAGGCACACAUGGUGAGUACUUAAUUGGGGUUGGGAGCUAUGACAUGACUGGUCCUGCUGCUGAUGUGAACAUGAUGGGUUACGCAAACAUGGAACAGAACACAGCUGGUAUUCAUUUCAGGCUAAGAGCAAGGACUUUCAUUGUGGCUGAGAGCCUUCAAGGGCCUAGGUUUGUUUUUGUCAAUCUUGAUGCUGGAAUGGCAUCUCAGCUUCUUACUAUCAAGGUGCUUGAGAGACUUCAUUCAAGGUUUGGAAAUUUGUAUACCGAACAAAAUGUAGCCAUCAGUGGGACUCACACGCACGCUGGCCCUGGUGGUUACCUUCAAUAUGUGGUUUAUUCUGUGACCUCUCUGGGUUUUGUGGAACAAUCCUUUGAUGCCAUUGCUAAUGCCAUAGAACAAAGCAUUAUUCAAGCUCACAAUAACCUUAAGCCUGGUUCCAUUUUUAUGAAUAUAGGAGAUGUGAAGGACGCGGGUAUAAACAGGAGUCCGAGUGCAUAUCUGCAAAACCCUGCAGAGGAGAGAGCAAGAUAUCCCACUAAUGUUGACACACAAAUGACCCUUUUGAGGUUUAUGGAUGGAGCAAGUGGUAAAAGUAUUGGAGCAUUUAGCUGGUUUGCAACACAUGGUACCUCUAUGAGCAGAGACAACAAGCUAAUUAGCGGAGAUAACAAGGGUGUUGCUGCAAGACUUUUUGAGGAUUGGUUUGCUUCUCAAAAUAAAUCUUCAUCCUCAAACACCAAUUCCACAGAACCAGAUAUUAGACAACUAGUGAAAAUAGCACGAUCAAUUAAGCCUACAGGAGGAAAGGAUUGCAACCGAAAAGCAAGCCAAGCGUCCAAGGUGAGGAAGAAUGAUGGAUCCUUAUUUGUUGGAGCAUUUUGCCAAUCAAAUGUUGGAGAUGUGUCACCAAAUGUUUUAGGAGCAUUUUGCAUCGAUAAUGGAAAACCUUGUGACUUCAACCAUUCUUCAUGCAAUGGCAAUGACCAACUUUGUGUUGGCAGGGGACCCGGUUGUGGAAAAGGAAGUGCUUAUAAUUUUGCAUGGAGCAGAUACCCAGAUGAAAUAUUAAGCACAAAGAUCAUAGGUGAAAGGCAGUUCAAAACUGCUGUGGAACUGUUUGAGUCUGCUUCAGGGGAACUGGUAGGGAAAAUUGACUAUCGUCAUGUGUACCUGAACUUCACAGACAUUGAAGUUAAAUUGGAUAGCAACAAGGUGGUGAAAACUUGCCCUGCAGCACUUGGUCCUGGUUUUGCAGCAGGAACUACAGAUGGACCAGGUGCUUUUGGGUUUCAACAAGGUGAUACAGAGAUUAAUCCAUUUUGGAAGGGUUUGAGGGAUUUACUAAAAGAACCAAGUCAAUAUCAAGUGGAUUGCCAGAACCCAAAGCAAGUUUUGUUGAGCACUGGGGAAAUGUUUGAUCCUUAUCCUUGGGCGCCAGCAAUUCUUCCAAUUCAAAUCAUCAGAUUGGGCAAGUUGAUCAUUCUUUCUGUACCAGGAGAGUUUACAACAAUGGCUGGCAGAAGGCUAAGGGAGGCAGUGAAGGAGACAUUAAUAUCAAGCAGCAAUGGAGAAUUCAAUAAUGAGACACAUGUGGUUAUAGCAGGACUGACAAAUACUUACUCACAAUAUAUUGCUACUUUUGAAGAAUAUAAGCAGCAACGGUAUGAGGCUGCUUCAACAUUGUAUGGUCCUCACACAUUAUCAGCAUACAUCCAAGAAUUUAAGAAACUAGCACGAGCAAUGGUUGAAGGAAUUAACAUCCCUUUGAAAGGUCCUUCACCACCAGAUCUCUCAUCUGUACAAAUAAAACUCUUAUUGGGUCCCUUUGGAGACUCACCUCCAGAAGGAAUCAAAUUUGGUGACAUAAAGGAAGACAUAUCCUUUCCAAAGGAAGGCUAUUUUACGAAGGGAGACACAUCAUGUGCUACAUUCUGGAGUGCCAAUCCAAGAUAUGACCUUCUAACAGAAGGCACAUUUGCAGCAGUGGAGAGGCUUCAAGGGGAAAGAUGGAUUGCUGUGUAUGAUGAUGACGAUUUAAGCUUGUUUCUCAAGUGGAAAGUAGAUAAUAGUUCCUAUCAAGGCCUGGCUACCAUAGAAUGGGAAAUACCAAAUGAAGCAGUUUCUGGAGUAUACAGACUAAAACACUUUGGAGCAACAAGGGUCACCAUUUUGUCCCCUAUUAGUUACUUUGUUGGUGCUUCAAGUGCAUUUGCAGUGCAAUAAGAUAGGAGCCCUGUUUUAUUGAAAAUGUUUUAAUCAAAUACAAAAGAUCCAAUACUUUUCAUGUUGCAUAUUAUUCAAGGGCUAGGAAUACAUAACAAUGUACUCAUUUAUCCCUCCAAAUCACAUAUCAAAGACACUGUCCUUUACUCAAUAAAUCAAAAGCUUUAUUGAUGUCUUUAAACUCCACCUCAU